AUGCCCAGUAUUCCAUUGGUAGCGGAACUUGGGGCGAAAGCGGCAUUGUUUCAAAGGUUACUUGACUCCACUGAGGCGCCAGAAACAGUGAAGAAAAAGCUUCGUGCGGAAAUGGAUUCGGAAGAACUUUUCACUUCUCAAGACUCCCGAAUUUUUGUGCGGUGCCGUCCAAUUAUUCCCUUUGAUCAGGAAGACAUGAACAAUAAGGGCAUGAUUCGUAAAGUAGAAGGGUGUCGUGAUCUUAUUUUAAUGGUGCCAAAAAUCUCCUUGGCAGGACAGUGCUUGCUUGAUCCUCUUAUCUUGAACCUUGAUGGCGUAUUUGGGGGAAUGGACGACACCUCAACGGUAUAUAGAAAAUCAUGUUACCCACUAGUCAAUUUGGCGGUGGAAGGCGCAUCAACAUGUGUUCUUUGCUAUGGACAAACAGGAAGUGGUAAAACGUAUACAACGACAGGCAUCCUUCAACUGGUAUCAAAGGAUCUGGCUCCUCAUUUUAAGGCACAUGACAUUUUUGUCACCGUGAUUGAAAUACAAGCUAAUAAGAGUAUUGAUCUUCUUACUGGAACAGAGGUACAAGUUGUAGAAGAUGUAUCUGGAGAACUAAAAAUUAGGGGUUCUGAAGCCUUUGAGUGCUCAAAUGACGAAAUGUUGUGGGCCGUUUUUGAGGAAGCGGCUUCUCAACGAAUGACCAAAGCAACCGGUAGAAAUGAAUCCUCUUCCCGUUCACAUAUGGUAACAUGUAUACGAAUUGUAUCAAAAACUAGUACAUGGGCAAAGCCUGGAGAACUAUUUCUAGUAGACCUUGCCGGAAGCGAAAAUACGGCGGAUAGUGCUACACAUGACAAAGAACGUCAAAUGGAAGCAAAGUUUAUCAAUACGUCACUUAUGACUCUUAAAGAAUGCAUUAGAACUCGGGCCAUGACAGCGACAAGUGCAACUCAUCUACAUAUUCCCUUCCGAAGAUCACCCUUAACUCUGCUACUAAGAGAUUGUUUUGAGAUUGCAGUGAAACGCCCAACAAAAACGGUGAUGAUAGCAUGUGUUUCACCCUUGUUAAGGGACUCUAGGCACACAAUCAACACGUUGAGGUAUGCGUCACUUCUUGCUGCUUCUCCACCUGCACGUGUCAUUGCAGAAGAUCCGGAUGACCCAAAUGGUUUUGACAGACAACAAGCCUUGGAGUUUAUUUCUCGUUGUUCGCGAGGGAGAAUAACUGAACCAACGUCUAUUCUUCCUGAAGGAAACGGAAGAACAUUGGUUCACAUUCCCGAGGCGGAGUUUAUCAGACGUAUAUUGGAAUCUCAUUCCAAUAUAACAGAAAAAGGUGCGAAACAGAUUUAUACCUCAAUCUGGCAGAAAGUUGUCGACGCGAGAACAAAGGGUCGAAAGGUUAUGACAGCAGCGAAAAAGGGACCUGUUGCUCCAAGAUAUGCCUCUACAAGGAAAUAA